AUGAGAUCCGUGUCCGAAAUCAAGCCCGGAAAACCAUCCGAUCAGCUGAAGAGCGCACUACACCAUUGUUCGGUCGAGUUCAGAAUCACUGGCAAAGAACACCUGCCAUUGCCGUUCGCCCUUUCCAUGAACGAUCUUUCCGUUCCAGUCUUUUACACGGCAUUGAGUUACACAUGGGGCGCUCCAAAAUUUGAUGCGAAAUUCGAAUGUGACGGCCACGUAAAGAUGAUCACCAGGACUCUCGAAUCUGCCCUGCGUCACUUCCGUCAGGAGGACCGGGCAGUAGUCAUGUGGGUUGAUCAGAUCUGCAUAGACCAGGAGAACAAUGAAGAGAAGGGACAGCAAGUCCCACUGAUGUCGAGAAUUUACGAACACGCGCGCAAUACAGCCAUCUGGCUAGGCGAAUCGGCCGAUGAUUCAGACACGGCAGUCCGACUGCUGAAGGAUCUCCACGUGCGCCUGCGAUUCUCCACCGAAGAAACCAUCGACCCAACCGAGUUCGAGGGAAGGGAUCUGCCAAGUCCAGACUCGGAAGACUGGAAGGCACUUUGGAAGCUGCUUUCGAGGCCGUGGUUCGAACGGCUUUGGAUCAUUCAAGAAGUCACUCUCUCCGACGUGUCGUGGGUUGUCUGCGGAAGCAGUGUGAUCACGUGGGAAUCGCUUUACGUCGCUUGCUUGCAACUUGUGGAUACCGGCGUCUCACGGUGGUUGAGGCGGAAGUUCCCUACAAGCGCAGCGGCAGGUGACUGCAAAGAUUUGUGCAGAAAGGCAACUCACCUGGGUAGGUUUGAGAAGAGCAUCAUGUCAUCCAAGUUCUCACUGCUCAGGCUCUUGGGCUUUUCCCGGGAAGCCCUGUGCUUCGACCCCCGGGACAAGGUCUACGGAAUGUUCGGGAUCUGCAGGCCCGAUGACACCAAAGUCCGAGUCGACUACUCCGAUAGAUAUCAUGUCACGCAGUUGUAUCAAGACAUUUUGGAACACCACAUUACUAACAACGGGGACCUGGGUCAGAUUCUUCGGUCCGUGGAUCACGACGCCGUCGACUUGCCCUCCUGGGUAACUGACUGGAGGAUGCCCAGACGAACGACAGCGCUGGGAAGUUCGCACGUGUCGUAUCAAGCCGAUGAGGGAUUCAAGUCACGACUGCUGAAGGACGCAGCUCUUGCUAAGGUUGACAGCCGCAGCCCGACCUGGAAAGAAUUGCGAGUGGCCGCGCUGCACUUCGACACUCUGGAGACCUUGAGCCGAGUCUUCGAAAACCCCAACCUCAGCCCAACUGCAGAAAAUGAGACCUUACAAGUAAUGCUUGAAUUUGUUACCAACCUGAAAGACUACCCAAGCCCCAAUACAGAUUUUUCCGCAUUCUGGCAGACCUUGGUGGCCGGAAGGGACGAACAGAGGAUGCUAAAAUGCCCGGAUUCAUUCGCGGAGAUCUUCAGCUAUGUCCUUGAUCUGACCACUGGAAAGAAAGGUUCGAUAUCAGGCCAGACUUACACACGUCGGCAAACGCUGCCAAAAGGCAGGGGUGGACUUGAUGAAGAAAAGCUGAGGUCACGCAAGCCACGAUCGGCUGGCAAUACCUUCCGACAGGUCCGAACGGCCAUGGUCAAUGCGACAAAGAACCGCCGACUGGGUGGCACUGCGAGCGGGUAUAUUGGACUGUUUUCGGAGCAUUCACAGGCCGGAGACAAGGUCUUCGUGCUGAAUGGCUGCCACGCACCGGUCGUCCUGAGAGCUCGAGGCGACAACAAGUUCAAAUUUGUUGGUGAAUGUUAUGUGCAUGGAAUUAUGGGAGGUGAAGCUAUUGGGCCGAACCCAGACUUGCAGGAUAUCGUUCUUGCUUGA